AUGGCUGACCCAAAGAGUAUCAUGUCCCCCGUGGCCACGAACCUCAACCCACCAAAGAGCGACCCUAUCUCGCUCGCAGAUCUAGCAAAAUCAGACGGCUCUGAUCCCAGCCGUCCUACUCUCGUUGCCAUCAAGGGAGAUGUCUUUGACGUCUCUGGAAACGCAGCAUAUGCUAAGGGAGGGAACUAUAACGUAUUCGCCGGCAAGGAUUCCUCCAGAGCCCUCGCAAAGUCCUCGCUGAAGCCAGAAGACUGCGUUCCUGAAUGGAGUGACCUUGGAGAUAAGGAGAAGGGGGUCCUAGAGGACUGGCACAAGUUCUUCAGCAAGAGAUAUAACAUCGUGGGAAAGGUUGCGGGAGCAACUAACCUAUAG